CUCUUUUUAUUAAAAUCAAUGGUCAGGAAGAUUUUCACAUUUUAUCCUAUCUGUUGUCCAAUUACUAUAGAUAUGUGGCAUCUAUUGUUAUAUCCAACUAAACACUUUCAGAAAUGAGAACCCUUUUUAACAAAUACUAUUGUCCUAACCUUUAGCUGUCGUUACCUUAUCACCAUUCUCACUUCUCACCUUUCCAUAAUGGCACUAACCCACACCCAUCAUCUGCAACCCACCAUUUCUGUAGUCAUCAAACCCAUUCAGUGCCCUCCAUUUUCAAGAAAGUUUCAGAAAGGUGAAAUCUUUUUUGGCACCACUUUUUCAAGAAUCCAGACUUAUCACAAUCCAGUAGUACCAACCUUGACCAGAAGACUAUUCUUGCCUUCAGUUUCUGGUAUCUGGGAUGCACUAACAGGUGGUGGUAACUCAGCUGUGAUGGCUAUUCGGAAGGGAAUGUUUCUUUUUCGACAGGGCGAUGUGUUAGGAUCUUUGGUGGAGUUUGACAAGGCAAUUGAGCUUGAUCCUCGCCAGAAAGCAUAUCUUUGGCAAAGGGGUUUGUCUCUAUAUUAUCUUGAUAGGUAUGAGGAGGGUGCAGAACAGUUCCGUUUAGACGUUGCACAGAAUCCAAAUGACACAGAGGAGUCAAUAUGGUGUUUUCUUUGUGAAUCUCAAUUAUAUGGAGUUGAUGAAGCAAGAAAAAGAUAUCUUGAGGUAGGUAGAGAUUCUCGACCAGUCAUGCGAGAAGCCUAUAACUUGUUUAAAGACGGUGGUGACCCAGAAAAGCUUGUUGCUUCAUUUUCAAAUGGACAGCCAAAUGAAUAUUUCUAUGCUUCUCUAUAUGCUGGCUUGUACUAUGAAUCCCAGAAUGAACCAGAUGCAGCUAAAGUUCAUAUGAUUGCUGCUUGUCAAUCUCCUUAUGGAUCAAGGUCUGAUGAUUACAUGGCUGCUCUUGCCAAGGUUCAUUGCAAAUGUAGAAAUUGGAACCUCAACUAAGAGAGUACAGGAAAGAAGAGAAACAUUCUUGUGGAAAAUAAAGGACAAGGAAAGAACAGUGCAAAUGAUUUCUCAUGUAAAUUGGUGAAUGAAGAAAAGAAAAGAAGAUAAAGGGAAGUUUAGCAACCAUCCCUACAUGACUGGAUAAAGGUAUAACUAAAUAACUAAUUUAGUAUUACGUCUCCUUCCGAUAAUAAAAGGAGGUACUAUAAGUUGCUAUGUGAUUUUAUUUUCUCAGUUUCUGUUCCAAUUUUUGAGCAAAGACGAAUCUUGUUAUUGUUAA